AUGGCAAUAUGGGGAACACUGUUUUAUAAACUUACAAAGGAAUACCAGACAAAACUUGAUCAGUUGGGGUGGGUUUGGGGUGCAGCCCCAAGGCUCUCCGCAGGAGUGGGGUUCGGGCAAGGCCCCGAUGGCCCUCCACAGGAGCAGGGGUUCAAGGGGCUGGCCCCUUGGGGGGUUUGGGGUGCAGCCCCAGGCUCUCCGCAGGAGUGGGGCUUGGGGCAUUGCCCCAAUAGCUCUCCGCAGGAGCAGGGGUUCAAGGGGCUGGCCCCUUGCACAUGGGGAACAAUAAUAACAAGGAUGUCAUUGCAUGGGGCGGAGCCCCAAUGGGGUCUGGGGCAACGCCCCAGGGGGGUUCGGGGUGCAGCCCCGAUGCCCUCCGCAGGAGCUAGAGACCGCUAA